GUCCAAAGAGGUGUACCGGGAGGGCUCUCGGGAAGGACUAACCCAGCUCGGCCCCUCCCUCCCCUCUCUCUCUGGCAGCCCCACCCCCAGCCUCAGCUUCUGGGAACAUUCGACCUGAACUGUGGUGAACACACUGACCCGCUGGCUGCUCCAAGUCACCAUGGACCCUGAAGGCCUGCAGCUCCUGUUACCCCCUACAACCUUGGCAGCCCUGGCCAACAGCUGGCUGCAAGAGGACUGCCCGGGCCUCAAUUUUGCAUCCAUGGUUACCGGGUCGGCACCCUCGCAGGCUGUGCUGUGGGCCAAAUCUCCUGGGGUUCUGGCAGGGCAACCCUUCUUUGAUGCCAUCUUCACUCAACUCAACUGCCAAGUGUCCUGGUUCCUCCCAGAGGGAUCGAAGCUGGUACCUGUGGUCAAAGUGGCGGAGGUCAAGGGACCUGCCCACCACCUGCUCUUGGGGGAACGGGUGGCCCUUAACACCCUGGCCCGCUGCAGUGGGAUUGCCAGCGCGGCAGCGACAGCUGUGGAGGUGGCCAGGAGCACCGGCUGGACUGGACACGUGGCGGGCACGAGGAAGACGACACCUGGGUUCCGACUGGUGGAGAAGUAUGGGCUCCUAGUAGGCGGGGCAGCAUGCCACCGCUACGACCUGGGAGGGAUGGUGAUGGUGAAAGACAACCACAUAGUAGCAGCCGGCAGCAUGGAAAGGGCAGUGCUGAAGGCUCGGCAGGCAGCCGGGUUUUCCCUGAAGGUAGAGGUGGAAUGUAGCAGCCUGAAGGAGGCCUUGCGGGCAGCAGAGGCUGGGGCUGACCUGGUAAUGCUGGACAACUUUAAGCCUGAGGAGCUGCACCCCACAGCAGCUACACUUAAAGCCAGAUUCCCCAGCGUGUCUGUGGAAGCCAGUGGGGGUGUCACACUGGACAACCUCACCCAGUUCUGUGGGACACACAUUGAUGUCAUCUCGUUGGGAAUGCUGACCCAGGCUGCUCCAGCCCUGGAUUUUUCCCUCAAACUGUUUGCUGAAGGAGAUACUCCAGUGCCUCACGCUCGCCGGUUCUAAAGCCGGAGAAGAUGCCACCAGAAUGGACUACUGCGGCUUGUUGGGCCCCUUGGGUCACACGUCUUUAGAUUCAGAGGCCAACAGGACAUAUCUAGGCUUUUGCCCUAGGCUUCCCACUAGCUCUGCCAUUUCCAGCUUGUGCGACUUGCCAGGGCUGACUUUGAUUUUGCUUGCCUCGGUUUUCUCAUCUGUGAAAUAGGCCUAAUAAAUAAAAUCAACAGCCUUACUGGGCUGUUGAUGAUAAUAACUACUACACAAUGAGUGGUUGGUAAAGGCUAGAAAUGAACACCGCUCAUCUAACCUAAGACAUAUAUUUGUUAUUGAACACUAACCUUCUGGAGAGGUGGCCCCUUUAGCAGAUGGUGUUUCAUAGUAAGAUUCUGGGAACUGGCCGCUGACAUCACAUGGCCUGCCUGUGCAGCUAGGGACACAAGAAACAAGCUGCUAGCACAGCCCCAAGUGCUCUUUUCUGUCUCUGUGGUGUUAAGGAUGGAGCCAGGGCCAUGGACAAGUGUCCUAGCGCUGCUGACCUCAGCCCUCUCUCUUCUCUCCCUUCUUUCCUGUCUCCCCCAUUCCUGCUCUGCCUCACCAUGUAGCCUAGGCUGGCCGUGAACUUCUGGCCUUAAGUGUGCUCCUGACUCAGCUGCUUGCACUGUGCUCUCUGCACCUGGCUUACAGCAACUCUUUCCACACAUGUACACUAGAAGCCAUGAGCAGUAAUAAGACGUUAGAAGUGUGUGGCA